AUGGGUAUCUCAAGUUACUUCAAGGCUAAGAAGCCUGAGGAGAAACAAAGACCAACGCCUGCAACGGCGAUCCCCCCAACGGAGAAGAGGAACAACGCACAUCAGAACGCUAUAGACGAUUUUCAACUCCAAGCACCUACACCACACUUCGGUUCGUCGAGAAACUCCAUAUCAGGGCGGUCGGUAAACUCCAAUGGCAGCUCCGUAUUCCUGGAUGACAUCAAGCAUGAAGUCAUGGUGAACUACCUCUACCAGCAGCAAUGCUCUCAUCUUUGGGUCAGCGACGGAAGCGGUGAGGUCGAGGGAGUCCUUCUGCGCAAAGUGCGAGGACAGUACCUGGCUUGCCCACCGCAACUGGCUGAUUCCCCACUAGCGCUGGCUAUGUCUGCGCUCAAUGUCCCCGCUGCCAUGACGGUUAACUCCAGAGUCAUUAAGACAUUUUUGUCGUGGUCACCAGACGCGGUAGAUGUGCCUUUGAUGAAUGGUCUACGGGUUCAGAUCUUGCCAACCAUUGAUGAUCUACCUCGGGCACGAAAAUACCAGUUCGCUGCUUUUGUUGCCUCCGAAGCUUUGCUUGUCAUUUGGGAUGACGAUGCGCUUCACCUGGUACAGCGAGCCAAGGCCAUCGAGGCGGAACUAAUGGAGCUGGUAUGGGAAGCCGGCAAUGAGGGCGACGACGACGAAAAGAAGCCUGGCCAACUCGCUGUGAGCGAGUUUGAGAUCGACGAGGAGAGCGGUGCGAUCAAACUCGAAAGCCGCCCAGUCCACAUGCAGAAUACCUAUUUGGUAUCGAUUACCAUGGUAAUUGUCGUCAUCUCGAUUGGUGCCGCGUGGCGUCAACUCGCUGUAGAAGUGUCAGUCGACGGAAAUUACAUCCGCCUCGCACUUUGCUGUCUCUUUCCUGUCCAGAUAUUCUUCACGCUUUUCUUCGCACAAGUCAUCGUUGGAUGCCUAGCACAGAUAUUUGGCCCUAUUCGUCAGCUUACGAUGAACUCCAAGUUCUACUCUGCACGCCCGCCACCACGCAUCCAAUCCGGACCCCUGCCACAUCUCACUGUACAGUGUCCUGUCUAUAAGGAGGGUCUCGGUGCCGUCAUUGCUCCCACGGUGAAAUCUAUCAAACAGGCCAUCAGCACGUAUGAGCUCCAGGGUGGUUCAGCCAAUAUCUUCAUCAAUGAUGAUGGUUUGCAACUCAUCUCGGAAGAAGAGCGAAAGGCCCGCAUCGACUUCUAUGCCGACCACAGCAUCGGUUGGGUUGCGCGGCCCAAGCAUGGCGAAAAUGGUUUCCUGCGCCGCGGCAAGUUCAAGAAAGCCUCCAACAUGAAUUUUGCCCUUAAGAUCUCCUGCAGUGUUGAAGAGAAGCUAGCACAGUAUAACCGUGGUCCCGAGUGGUCGCAGGUUGAUGAAGCCCAUGCUUAUGAAGAGUCCUUGAAGAAAGUCCUCGAGGAGGAUGGCAGAGCUUGGGCUGAUGGUAACGUUCGUGUCGGCGACUACAUCUUGAUCAUCGACUCCGAUACUCGUGUGCCAUCUGAUUGUUUCCUGGAUGCUGUAUCCGAAAUGGAGCAGUCCCCCGACGUUGGCAUCAUGCAAUUCUCAUCCGGUGUCAUGCAAGUCGUGCAUACAUACUUCGAGAACGGUAUCACAUUCUUCACAAACCUCAUCUACAGCGCUAUCCGGUACACUGUUUCCAACGGUGAUGUUGCUCCUUUCGUUGGCCACAACGCUAUCCUCCGGUGGAGUGCUAUUCAGCAGGUCAGCUACGAGGACGAAGAUGGAUAUGAAAAGUUUUGGUCGGAAAGCCAUGUGUCCGAGGACUUCGACAUGUCCCUUCGUCUUCAAUGUGCUGGUUACAUCAUCCGUCUUGCUGCCUGGGCCGGCGAGGGUUUCAAGGAGGGUGUGUCUUUGACCGUGUACGACGAGUUAGCUCGAUGGGAGAAGUACGCAUACGGUUGCAACGAGUUGCUUUUCCACCCGAUCCGGACCUGGCUGUGGCGAGGUCCUUUCACCCCGCUGUUCCGUCGCUUCCUCUUCUCCAACAUCCGCUUCACAUCCAAGAUCACCGUAAUCUCGUACAUUGGUACCUACUAUGCCAUUGGUGCCUCUUGGAUCCUGACUUCCGUCAACUACUUCGUCAUGGGUUGGUACAACGGAUACUUGGACAAAUACUAUGUCGACUCGUGGCAGGUGUGGUUUUCCAUCAUCAUCGUCUUCAACGGUCUCGGAAACAUUGCUCUCGCCGUCAUGCGUUACCGUGUCGGUGAGCGCAGUCUGAUGGGUUCUCUCUGGGAGAACUUCAAGUGGACACUGAUGCUGGCAAUCUUCCUGGGUGGUCUCAGUCUGCACGUUUCGCAAGCAUUGUUGGCGCAUAUGUUCGAGAUUGACAUGACCUGGGGUGCAACAUCGAAGGAGGCCGAGUUUUCCAACUUCUUCAUCGAAGUUCCCAAGGUGCUGAAGAGUUUCAAAUUCUCCAUGCUCUUCUCACUACUCUUCCUUAUCGGCAUGAUCAUCCUCGCUACUGCGCCUUUCGUGCCUUACGAUUGGCGCAUCACGGAUUUUGUCGCCAUCUUGCCUAUGGCUACUGUCGCGGGCUCUCACUUUUUGCUUCCGCUGGCGCUGAACCCCGCGCUCAUGACUUUCUCCUGGUAA